AUGUCGUUCCUCUUUCGCAGUCUCGAGAACACUUCUAAUACUUCAUCUCAUUCUCAUUCUUCUAACAAGAUGGCGACGAAUUCAGGAAAGAUUCGUACACCUGAAGAAGCUGUGGCAAGAAUUGCAUAUUUGUCCAGCGAUGUAAUCAUUUCUGUACAGCCUGCUCAUUCAAUUGAGUCGGAGUUCUCUUCACACUUACACAGAUAUGCUGGAAGAAAGGAUCUGAGUCUUGUUGCUGCAAAUGAGAGUGGUGUCCCAGAGUUACAAACGAUUCGACACAACAAUGAUCCUUUAUUAUCAGUAUUUACACCAAUCCGCAAUGGAAAACUUGUUACAGUCACUACAAGUUCCUCAAUCCUCGUUUCCUCCGUACCCCACCUAUACAGACUCGCCAACUUUCCAGUGGUCAUUCACGUCUCAUUACAACCCUCACAGUAUCCAGAUUACUCUUCGAUAACUUCGAUACGAAAUUCUGGCUUCACAUUUUUACAGUCCGAGACAUUACAGGAGGCACAAGAUAUUGCUGUGACUGCACAUGCUCUCGCUAUCAAGUCAGGGAAAGGUGUCAUUCAUUUCUUUGAUUCCAGAUCGGCAGCCAACGAUGAAGAUGUUGAUUUCGAGGACCCAAAUGUUGUCUCAAAGAUCUUGAAUAUCGAUUCUGUGAGAGUGUUUCAAAGCAGCAAGAUUGGAGGCUCUAGCAUAUAUGCCGAUGAUGGAAGAAUUGCAACUAUUUCCGAGAACGUUGCAACAGGCGUUACGUCCGGAGGGGAGAAUAGUACUGAGUCCGCUGUACCAGGCCAGACAACCACUGAGGUACCAUCUAAGGCUUCAUCUGUAGGAUCCUCCAAAUCCUCUUCAGUACGAGCAAGCAGUGUGGAUAGCAGUGCUUCUUCUGCUACAACAGUCGAUGCGCCAAAUGCACGGGCUGUAAGCUCGGACGAUAUUUAUAACUUUGUCUCUGGCAUUUGGGAUCAAUUGAAGUUGAUGGUUGGCAGAGAGUAUACUCCUUUUCAAUACACUGGCCCUUCGAAUGCUGAAAAUGCCUUGUUCAUUUUUGGAUCAGAUGUUGGAUUAUUUGGCCGAGCAAUUGACGAAGGAGCCGACGAAGUUUUUGCCAAAGCUGGUAUCAUUACUGCACGACUGUAUAGGCCAUGGUUGGGCUCUAAAUUGAUCGAGGCCAUCCCUAGAUCUAUUAAGAGAAUCGCUGUUCUCGAGCAAAUUAGAAGAAAGACAACCAAAUGGGGACCUUUACUUUUGGAUUUACUUACCACACUCAAAUCGGGACCUGGAGGCGGUGUAGAAGUUAUCGUUGGACACCAAUUGGGAUUUAUUGAACCGGAUACAGUACGACAAGCACUUCGUGGUGUUGUACAAAAUUUGGUUUCCGAGAAGCCGGUUCAGAACUUGGAGGUCGGGAAUCCCGAUGGACCUAAUGAAUCUUCAAGCGAUCCUGCUUUAAGCCAACCAAAAGUCGAGUCUGCUUAUAUGAAGAUCUUGGACCAGGUCUUCGGUAAGAGACUUCAUUUGGCAAAUCAAAUAGGUUCCCAAAAUGCUGGUAUCUCGUCCACCAUUGCGUCAAAUCCAGAAUUUGGUUUUGGUUCUCUUUUAGCUAGAAAAGAGCAUCGCCAAAGGUUUACCGAGGAAAUCAAGGAGGCGGCCCAAUCUAAAGAAUUUAUCACAGAAGCACCUAAAUCAUGGCUUUCAAAAUGGUCUGCAGAUGCCAGUGAUGAUUUAGCAGAUGAAAUCAUUGCUCGCCUCGAAACAGAUGGAUCUGCGUUAUCACGAAAUUUACUGUCAAAGAAGGGAUUGUUCCGCAAGGAGUCCCCUUGGCUUGUUGGCUCUGAUGCUUGGGCGUAUGACCUUGGAAACUCUGGUGUACACCAUGUCAUCGCAUCCGGUGAAAACGUCAACAUGCUCAUCAUCGACUCCACACCAUACUCUGAGCGCUCAGCCGCUGAUGCCGAAAGAAGAAAGAAGGACAUUGGUCUUUAUGCCAUGAACUUUGGUAACGCUUACGUUGCAUCUGUUGCUGUGUACAGUUCUUAUACUCAAGUGCUGCAAGCAAUGAUUGAGGCAGAUCAAUUCAAUGGUCCAUCUGUUGUCGUUGCUUACCUUCCAUACUUCAAAGAGAAUGAUUCUCCUCUCACAGUUCUCCAAGAAACCAAGAAGGCGGUAGACCUUGGCUACUGGCCAUUGUACAGAUGGAACCCUGACAAUGAAGAAAAGGGCGAAGUCAACUUCUCUCUGGAUUCAGAGCGAAUCAAGAAAGAACUCAAGGACUUCUUGGCUCGUGAUAACCAUCUCACUCAGUUGAUGAAGAAGCAUCCCCAAUUCUCAUCCAAUCUUUCCGAAGAUUACGGUACAGAAGUACGUGCUUUACAAAAGAGAAAAGCCAAGGAUGCAUACAAUGAGCUUCUUGAGGGUAUGCUCGGUGCACCCUUGACUAUUCUCUUUGCUUCGGACAAUGGCAACGCUGAAUCUUUAUCAAAGAGAUUGGGUAACAGAGGUAAAGCCCGUGGCUUGAAGACAAUCGUCAUGGCUAUGGAGGAUUAUCCCAUCGAAGAUCUUCCCACUGAAGAAAACAUUGUCUUCUUGACGAGUACUGCUGGUCAAGGAGAAUUCCCACAAAAUGGUCAUGCAUUCUGGGAAGCCAUCAAAGAUAACACCGACUUGGAUCUCGCAUCAGUCAAUUACUCUGUAUUCGCCCUUGGAGAUAGUCAUUACUGGCCUCGCAAAGAAGAUAAACACUAUUACAACAAGCCAGGAAAGGACCUCGAUCGUGUCUUGGCAAAUCUCGGUGGAAAGCGUCUUGCUGAUGUUGGACUGGGUGAUGAUCAGGAUCCAGAUGGAUACCAAACUGGUUAUCAAAACUGGGAACCUAUCAUUUGGCAGUCUCUCGGAGUCGACAAAGUUGAAGGUCUUGAGCCUGAAGCUCCACCGAUUACCAACGAGGACAUCAAAAUCGAGUCCAACUACCUUCGUGGUACCAUUGAAGAAGGAUUGAAAGAUAUGUCAACUAUGGCCAUUUCUGCCGCUGAUCAACAAUUGACCAAAUUCCACGGUACAUAUAUGCAAGAUGACCGUGAUCUUCGGGAUGAACGCAAGGCACAAGGUCUCGAGCCUGCUUAUUCUUUCAUGAUUCGUUGUAGAUUGGCUGGUGGUGUUGCCACUCCAAAGCAAUGGAUUCAAAUGGAUGAUGUCAGCAACGAAUUCGGAAACGAGACCAUGAAACUUACCACCCGCCAAACCUUCCAAUUCCACGGUGUCAUCAAAACCAAGCUCAAGGGAGCCAUGCGUGGUAUCAACAAAUCUUUGAUGACCACCAUCGCUGCAUGUGGUGAUGUCAAUCGUAACGUCAUGUGCAGUAGUUUGCCAACUGGUUCAAAAUACCAUAAGCAAGUUCAUGCCAUUUCUAAGAAGAUUUCUGAUCAUCUUUUACCGUCUACAACUGCUUAUCAUGAAAUUUGGAUCAAGGAUGAAGAUGACAAGAAGGUUCAAGUCGCUGGCGAAGCUGUUCAAGAUUAUGAGCCUCUCUAUGGUCCUACUUAUUUGCCAAGAAAGUUUAAGAUCACUAUUGCCAUCCCACCACACAACGAUACUGAUGUAUAUGCUCACGAUGUUGGUCUUAUUGCUAUCAAGGGCGAAGACGGUAACUUGGCAGGAUUCAAUCUUCUCGUCGGUGGUGGUAUGGGUGUUACACACAACAACAAGAAAACAUAUCCUAGAACUGGAAGCAACCUUGGAUAUGUUUCCAAGGAACAAGCUCACAUUGCUUGUGAGAAGGUCAUGCUUGUUCAGCGUGAUCACGGUGAUCGCAAGAACCGAAAACAUGCUCGUCUCAAGUACACUGUUGAUGAUAUGGGUGUCGAUGUUUUCAAGGGCAAGGUCGAAGAAUUAUGGGGCCAGAAAUUCGAGAAGGCUAAGCCAUUCAAAUUCCAAAGCAACAUCGACACAUUUGGCUGGGUAAAGGAUGAGACUGGAUUAAACCACUUCACUCUUUUCAUCGAAAACGGUCGCAUUGAAGACACUGCCGACUUCCCAAUGAAGACUGGCCUUCGAGAAGUCGCCAAGGUUCACAAGGGUGAAUUCAGAUUAACCGGUAACCAACAUUUAAUCCUCAGCAACGUUGCCGAUGAAGACCUUCCAACGAUGAAAGAGAUGUUAGCUAAGUACAAGCUUGAUAAUGUUUCUUUCUCCGGAAUGCGUCUUUCAUCCUCCGCAUGUGUCGCUUUCCCAACAUGUGGUCUUGCCAUGGCUGAGUCCGAACGUUAUCUCCCACAACUCAUUACUAAACUCGAAGGCGUCAUUGAAGAAAAUGGCAUGCGUCAAGAUUCUAUCGUUAUGCGUAUGACAGGUUGUCCUAACGGAUGCGCUAGACCUUGGUUAGCCGAAGUUGCUUUCGUGGGCAAAGCCUAUGGUGCAUAUAACAUGUAUCUUGGAGGUGGAUAUCACGGUCAACGUCUCAACAAACUCUACAGAAGCAGUAUCAAAGAAGAGGAAAUUUUGGAGAUCAUGAAGCCAUUAUUGAAGAGAUACUCGUUGGAGAGAGAAGAGGGCGAGCACUUCGGAGAUUUCUGCAUUAGAAUUGGUAUGAUUAAAGAGACGACUGAGGGAAAGACUUUCCAUGAUGACGUUGCUGAGGAGGAAUCUGACGAAGAAUGAAGAUAUGAUUGAUUGAUUGAAUAAAAUUCCAAUAGAAUAGUCCUUUCUACACUGCACGUGCGCAUGGCGUUUCAACGGGUUUAAAAUUACCAAAUGAUUUAUGUUGCUCUUCUUUUCUUGUUCAUAUCUUCUCAGAUAUGCUAUGAAUGUAUUUCAAACAAAGUUUGGCAUUCAACUGCACAUCCGAUGGGGUUGGUUGGUUUUCUCAAUCUGUACAUAUUUGAGUCACUGGCAGCAUUGUCUUCUUAGAUUCAAAAUAAAAUGUACAUUACAAAA